CGGUACCGCGACGAAGGAAAUCAAACGUGGAAAACGGGAACGGGAAGAAGCAGCCGCCGAACAGAAGCGCGAGAAAGAAGCCGAGAAACGGCGAGAAAAAUCGAUCAGAGCUGCUCUAACUGCAGCAGCGGCCGACGAAUACGAGCUGCAGGCUGUCACGGAGCGCGAGUCGCGAGCCUUGGAGAGCAAACGAGAUCGCAGCGAACGGGAUUCCCAUACCUGCAUCCUGCACUGAAAAACCGGUGUAUAGUUUCGAUUCUGGAUUGCAGUCGAAGAGCAGUUUUGGAACAGAAAAUUACUCCGGUAGUAGAACGGAGUGGAUCUGUUACAGUGCUCAAACAGGAACAAAAUCUCCGUAAUUCGGAAACCAUGGAAGGAAAACCGGUUCAAGUGCUGGAAAUCGGAGACGACCACAUGUUUGUGUUAAACGAAAAUGCACUGAACGAAAUAUUGUUUAGGAAUAGGUUCCGGACCGAACUGUGUUGUAUCGGUAGCCGGUGAUUUUCGAAAGGGCGAAAGUUUUCUGAAUUUGUGGCUGCGCUAAUGUACUCAAAGUACGGAUGCCAUUAGGCUGCCUCAGCCUGAUUGGAUGACGGAAACAAGCCGCUAACCCGAUUUUUGUGGCGCGGUAGAAGUGAACGGGACACAACCGGUAUACUUAUGUGAUCGGAUAUUUUUCUGCACGACAUGCCGAAAGGAGGAAAGUUGGCAAUUCUGCUCAUGGAGCCACGGGGUGCCUUCGAAAGCCCAAGCACAUCACGGGAUUGUGCCUCAGUUUUUGCGUAGAGUACUGUCCAUAAAGAUCUUCUGACUAAAUAAUUAGAAUUGUAGAUACGCUAAACUCUCUUCUAUUACAGCUAGCCCUGAAAAUGGACGUCUAGCGUUUACAAAGGCGAAAACAAUGGCAAAAAUUGUUCCAGAGACUUCAGUUUCUAGCCGAAGACUGGUACGAAGCUGGUGCAUUAGGAGGAUUUCACGGAAAUUGUAUGCUUUCUCAUGCCACACCCCGGCUUAACCGUGGCUACGAAUCAAACAUUCGUUGGCUGACAUUACCCCAGAGUUGAAAAAAUCUCAAGGAGCUGGUUCCCAUGUUGUUUGUCCCACAGAACCUCAUUGUCAAAGAGAUCAAUGGUCAGAACUUGAGAUUUAGUUCAAUAUUUCAAAUCAUACAUCCAUUUACAAGGGAAACGAUCUGCCCGAACCCAAAGUAUGCUCGUUGCAACGGCUAAAGCAAAUAAUCUAACGGCAGUGGCGGCUGCUGAAGAAAUCUAUGUCCAGU